CAGCCUCUCCCUGAGCCUAACAGCUAGCGUUCCGAGCGAAGCUAUGAUUCAUGGCGAGCGCGACUAACAGUGAGAGUGUGGCUCGUUAGCUGUGCUGCUGCAUCUGCUUGGACAAGUGCUUCUGCUCCUCCACGCUAAUCUGCGGACACUCGUUCUAUCCUCUGGUGUCUGGAGGCUGCCUGGGAGACAAUGAGCCACUUAAGCUGCCCGCAGUGCCGAGCAGCUUUCCCUGUGCGACGCUAGCUGAGGAGGAACGUGGCCCUUCACCAAUAUCUCGGAGCAGCUAAAAGUUGGCGACAGGAUGGCCACGGCCGUCGUUUGUGACAUCUGCGGUGACGGCCAGACCCCUGCAGUGAAGACUUGCCUGAGAUGCGAAAUGUCCUACUGUUUUUCACACUUCAGACCUCACGUGGAGAAUCCCAGGUUGAGAUAUCAUGCCAUGGUGGAUCCUACUGCGAGUUGGGACGAGCGAAGAUGCCCUAAGCACAGUGAGGAGCUGAAAUUCUACUGCACAAAAGACAGCAGCCUGGUCUGCUCAACUUGCACCAUCGCAGGUGAACACAAAGGACAUGAUGUCACUAUGCUGAAGAAGGAGCACGAGACACGGAAGAUACACGUAAGAGAGGAAACGCGAGCGGUGGAGGAGAAGAGGAAGGAGGCGGAGGAGUCUGUGAAGCGGAUGGAGGCUGCUCGCAGGGAGGCGCAGAUGGAGAGAAUGCAUGGAUUCUCAAGAGGGAGUGUGGUGCAGCUGGAGUGUGGUGCAGCUGUUUUGCUGUACGGGAGGUUGCACACCGGCACUGACGCAGAGCAAUUGGUGGCUGGGAUCAGGGGUCGCAUCAUAGGCAAGUUCGCUCACCUAAGAAAGGCUCUGGACGAGGACGAGAGGGAAGCUCUACGUCGCGUGGCCAUGAAGGAGCGCGAGCUGCUAUCCCGGAUCGAGGAGAACAUCGCUCAUCACAAGGGGGAGAUCGCCGAGCUCCAGGCAGCGGCCACUCGCCUGCGCACUCUUCAGCUUGAGAAGGACUCGCUCACCUUCCUGCAGGGGCACCUGGAGGAGACGCACAGGAGAGAGAUCCAAAAGGAAUCCGCACCUCCACCUCCCACUUCACUGGACGCCACCACGAUCCGCUCCCUUGAAAGAGGGAUGCGCAGACUCCUGCCUCUCGUCUAUGGACGCUCACCGACUCUGGACACAAACUCAGCCUGCGACUACAUCCAAAUUUCCUCGGAUCUCAGGACGGUGACGUGGAGCGGUGUCUCCCAGGGUCGCCCCCAACACCCACACCGGUUUGAUGUGAAGUUACAAGCCCUGUGCUCCGAGAGCUUCUCGUCGGGUCAGCACUACUGGGAGGUGGACGUAGGAGGCAGCACUGGGCAGUGUUGGAUUGGAGUCGCGUAUGGGACGAUCCCACGGAGAGGGCGUGGUGCUGAGUGUGGCCUGGGAUGCAGUGACGUCUCCUGGAGUCUAAGGAAAGUUGACGAUAGCUUCUCAGUGUGGCAUGGCGGAGUAGCAACCUCACUGUUGGUGCCGGAGCCUACACGAAGAGUCGGGGUUCAUCUGGACUGGGACGCGGGGCUCCUGUCUUUUUACAGCGCCGACUCCAUGGCACUGUUACACUCGGUUCACCAAACCUUCGAUCAGCCUCUAUAUCCAGGGUUGGGAGUGGGGGGAUGGUAUAUCGGUAAAUUUGGUGAGUCAGUGACGAUUGUGGAUCUGAGUCGUGCGUCCUAAGAGAGGUGAAGGUGAACACCAUAGAGAGCAGACACUACGACGCAUGGCGCUCACUACUGUCAUCACUGUUACACGCAAUGCCACACUCUUGACUGGUUGGUGAGUAUCAGUGGUUAGGAGUGCGUCGCUCUCCAUUAGAAUUAGGGGGCUGGGCCUAAAUCCUCACGACCUUCUAAGGUAGGGGUUGGCAACCCAAAAUAACAAGAAAAUAUAUUUUUUGUUCGAAUUACGUAAAAACAACUCCAUUUCAAGAGCCGCUACAAUGCAUGUGGUGAAUAUGAGACAGUGGCUCUUUAAUAAACAACGUUACGAAGCAGUUUCUUAAAGAGCCGCAUGCGGCUCCAGAGCCACAGGCUUUCAACCUCUGGUCUAGGGAGUGAUACAAUUUCAGUUUCAUUUAUUUGGUAUAGCCCUGUGAGCCAUUUAGCUCUUGAAUCGGGUGCAACCGCAACAAACAAAAAACAAAAACAUGAAACAAAAACAUAAACAAGAAAACAUAUUAAAGUGACUAUGUGCAAACAGAAAAUCCAGGAAAAGACAGCAAAAUAUUCCACAAAAAGCAACGUACACCAACGCUGUGUGCAAAAAUCCCAGGGGGAUGCAAGUCAAACAACAACAACCACAAGACAAACUUAGAUUCAAGCCAUCAGUCUAACUCCGUACUACAACAAACAAACAUGGCCAAACCAAAAAGCGUUUUGCAAUCACCAAAAUAAAUUCAUAAAAGCAAUGUAACAGUGAUCAUAGGAACUGUGACCGAAUUUUCACAAUAAACGUCAUAAACAACAUAUACCACCAGACCCUACAGCCAUAGCUGGCUGCAUGAGUCACUCCACAACAGCAGGAGCAUCAGUCGGAGUAUCAAAAAUUUUCAAUGCACCUUCAAGAUCAGCACACUAAUUCAAAACACAGAUCAUACUUUGCAGCGGUCAUCCGGAGAGAAACAUUUUGGUUGAUUUUAGGUCACUGAAUAGCAGUGGCAGCUAGGGGUGUACAACUCCUCUAGAGCAGUUUUGAGUGAAGAUCUUAUAGGUAGUGAUUCAAGUUGCAGUUUAUUGGCGAUAUCAUUCAAGACCCUGGGGGCAUCAAUAGCAAAGGCCCUUCCUCCAGUAUUUGUGGACUGAGACACACACACACACACAUAUGGACUCACACACACAGACACAUAGACAUGCACUUGAGAUACACACACAUGGACUUACACACACAUAUAUGGAUGUAGACACAUAUAGCGACUCACACAAACACACACACCGACUCACACACACAUUGACGUAAACACACAUAUGUACCUACACACACAUAUGGACGAAGACACACACACAUGGACUUACACACACACAGCGACGGAUACGCACACAAAUGGACUGACACGCACACUUGGACUGACACACACACAUAAACACUUUGACGUACACACACACAUGGGGCGUUGUCCAUUCAAAAAAGACAGACACACACAUGGAGUUAAAGACACGCAUGGCUCUCCAUGCACACACAUAUGGACUCAAAGACACACACAUCGACGGGCACAGUAAUCCCCGAUGAUGGCACAGCCAUCAGUAUGGCAGUACUACGUAUGAGGAAAUAGCGUGACGUUAGCGAUGGAAACAAUAGAAAUGUAUUGAAGAAAUAUUCAAAAAUCACAGACUGGCAGUAGACCGUGGCAGCGUCAUAAAAGCGCAGCAAAAAAAGAGAAAAUUGAGCAACGUAAUAAUCCAAAAAGACUUUGUGCACACAAACAUAAUUAUUGUAACAUCUGUCAACUUGUUUCAUAAUGGUAAACAAUGGACCUGAGUUGUUAUCUGCACACAAUAUCUGGCAACGUAUUUGUUUAAUAAUAAUAAUAAGCAAUGAACGUGAUUAAUGAUCUGCACACAAACAUUAUUAUUGUAAUGUUUGUGAACUAAUGUGUUUAACAAUAGUAAACAAUGGACUUGCGUUGUUAGCGUAAGAAGCAAGGAACUCUGUUCGCACCAUAGCCAUGUUGAGGCCUUGUGCCAUGCGUAGCCCCCAUCCUGGCCUACAUUGGCGAGGCGGUGGAGUUGGCACAUUGCCAGGCUAGGGGCUGGGCCGCUACCCCCCCCCCCCCCCCAGCAUUACCAGCGCGUGCAAGAAUAUUGCUAUGUAAGCACUAAAAUAUUAUUAUCUACGGAGUCUGUACUAUAAACUGGACGCAUCGUGUUAAGGGGGGCGAAGAGGACAUGACACUGUGAAUAAAUAUCCGCAGCGUUAUGUGUCUAUGUGUUGUCUGUAAAAUGCGUAAAAGGAAAUGUCCCCCGUGAGGUCGAGCGAACGCGCAGCACUUGUGGCAGGGUCCGCCCACCCACGCAAUUGUCGUCACUUGGUACGGUGGAUGUCGCGCAAUAAGUAAAUAAUGAAUAAUAGAAACAGCACAAAUGUGUUAAUUAAACUACUUUAACGUUUACGGAUGGGAAAACGGAAUAGCCUAUUCCCACCGCGGGGCUUAGGGCGUGCUGCCUGUCAAAUCUUUUUCUACGUGAAGCCCACCGUCCAAGAGCCAAAUCUCCCGCAAGCGCGAACACGCGGAGAUUGUAAUAUAAAAGAGAAGAAAAAAGAAAAGAAGAAGAAAGAAAGAUGUCACAGUAAUCAAGUAGAGGCAGUAUGUUAGCUUUUAUCAAUUCCAAACGGAACAUAGGGUGGAAGCAGUGUUUGUGUCGAUACAGAAAACCAAUUUUUAUUUUUGUCUUUUUACCAAUAUAAUCAAUGUGAUCUUCAAAAUUCAGUUUUGAAUCCAGGAUGACCCCAAGAUACUUAUAGAUAUUGUCUCGCUCUAUUUUUUAAAAUUAUUAUUUAAGGAAUGUAAUUGGGGAAAAAUAACUUCCUGCUUUAGUCCUGGUGAGCAUUGCACCUUGGUUUUAGAGGUAUUCAGGAUUAGUUUAAGAGCAACUAGCUGAUGUUGUAUUUCGUUGAAAUCACCCUGAAUAUAACUACCAGUAUGAAAUAUAAUAAUAGGUUUGACUCCUUUCUGGCAUUAAAAUAGGUUGUUAAGAUGUUCAAACAUUAAAUAAAUACAUUUUACAAGGAAUGAAGUCAGCAUUAACCACACAUACUUGUAGCAACACAUGGAAACAUGUGUGCUUUGAUAAUAAUGUAUGCACUGUCUUUGAAACCAAUUGGCCUACACCAGAGACAGCCUUGUGUGUGAAGCCAACAUGGAUGUAUUCACUCUGCCAGAGGAGUGUGAUUAUAGUGUAGCAGUGCUAUGAUUAUCAAUGGUAAAAUGGGAUUUGUUUUUCCACUGUUAGUGUAAUACAUUGUGGAGAAGAGAGCCAAUAAAAAUAUUCAGUUUAAAAAGUAGUAAUGUACACUUACAAAAAUGCAAUUAUAACGCUUGUAUCGUUGAUUCUGCAAUAAAAAUGAUUGAAUAUAAAUGU